GUGAGUGCUCAAACACAGCCAUCUGCAUAUCAAAUCAUGACAUCAUGAUAGCGGCUAGGAGUCGUUUUAAGACACGCAUCAUGAUGGAUGAGCUGGUGCAGGACCUGGUGUCGGCUCUGGAGCAGACCUCAGAGCAAAGCAAGCUGGGAGAGCUGUGGCAGGAAAUGGUCCUGAGUCCGCUGCACCAGCGCCGGCAGAUCCGCCGCAGCAGAGGCCACAGACGCUACCGUCAAUCUUCCCUCUAUCCGCUGCAGCACAGACGCUGCUGGAUCGAGGCCUCGGAGUCCAGCUUAGACGAAACUAAAGGACACAGAGAGAAGUCUUCCUCCUCCAUCGCCGCCUCUGUGGCCAACUGCAGUGACUCUGACGACGUGACCCCCACCAACCGAUGGCGCUCCGUAAUGAGAGGCCCGGUCAGGAAUAGGCAGCCUUCCUGGCCAGAGUCCGACUCCUUCACCGAGAAUAAUCCAGGACGGCAGCUCAGGAGGAGGAGGAAGGUCAAACGUAUGACCUCAGACGUCACGGUUAGGUUGCAGCAGAAGUUAAAGGUUUCCAGUGUAGAUGGGAAAAGAAGACAGAAGCCGUCCAGGAUGGAACAUCUGGCGGGAUCCAAGAAAAGGUCUGGAGGUUGGGUGGCAGCAGACCGGCCGACUGAAGGAGCCCGGCUGAUGGGGAAGGAGUGCUGGAAGAGGAAGAUGGCCAAGGAACACAGAGAUGCUGCAGAUGAGAACAUGUCUGAAGGGGAAACCAGCAGCACAUGCAGCAGUGACCCUGGCCUGUUCACCAAUGAUGAGGGAAGACAAGGCGAUGACGAGCAGAGCGACUGGUUCUUCGAGGGGGACUGCGGGGUCGGGACCAGUGUAGCCGGCCUGCUGCCCGGCUGGGACUCAGACGGCCAGCUGGACAACCGGCCCCCCCCCACCUUCCUGCAACCUGCAAGGCCCCCUCAGAGAGGGUAUCGGUAUCACUCACGCCUGAAGCGAGUGCCUGGCUCUGCCGCCUGCUGCAUGAGGAGGGACAGGAGGAGGCUCCCCAGCAAGAGCCAGGGCAUGCCAGUGUUUGUAGAGAGGCUGAGACAAUACUCCCAAGAUCCUUACCAGAGAGACUUUUGGCGGCCUCCUGUUGGAAAGCGAGACAGAAGCCAGUUAAACCCUUUGUGCCAAUUACCCGUGUCAGAGAGCUCCGGUCUCAGAUGUUCUUCCUCAAUCUGCAGAAACAGGCAGACUGAGGUCUCCUGUGCACACCCCCGCAGUGACAUCAGGAGGAGAACAGAAGCGGUGUCCGUCACAACAUCAGCAAGCAACCCAUUUCACAAGGAUCACCGGAGAGAAGAGGCACAGGGAGACUGUAACACCUCAACCCUAGUGGGACCAAGAGCACCAGGUUCACAGAGUUUAUCUCCCCCCCCCCCCCCCCGAGGGACCACCAGAAACCUGCACGGACAAGCACACUGAAGUGACAAAUCAAAAGAUAUUGUGCCAGAGAAUAAAAAGGCCUCUCUUGCUGCACAAACUAUAUAACAAAGGAAAAAAUACAAAGCACAUAAUUACUCCUCAAAUCAGCAUGUUAUUGCUAGAUCCCGUCUUUUCAGGUAUUGUAUUAAGCAUGACAAAUGUUAAUGCAAUCAAGCCUUGUUAAGCCAUCUCCUGAAAGUAGCUUCAAGAGGCUCCACUGAAGACUGGACGGCUCCUCCUGUUUCCACACACUGACUCCAGGGCCACCUGCUACCACACAAUCCAACAAUUAUGUCCACUCUAGUAGCGCGGCGUUUGUCAGCGGGAACACUGGGAGGAUGGUGUGGUCAGGUUUACGGCAAGGAAGCUUCUGUAGCUGCGAGACAGGAGAGCAUCAGAAUGUUUAGCGACCCCAUGCUGCUACAGGGUUCGGAGAGGCGACCACCGGUAGAGAGCCACACAAAGUACAGGCGUCCGAUUAGCAUGGUUUUGAAAAGCUACAGUUUGUACAAAGGUGCUCAUUAGCACAACACAGAGGGAGCGUACUCGCCGUCCUCGGAGGGCCGCUUUUGUUCUCUAUUUAGCCUACCUUCUGUAUUUAAAUUUCCCCAAAUGUGUUUAAGUUCAAGGCCAGCUGCAAAUCUGUUUGAACAGUGUGUUUUCCAGCAGCGGUGGAGAAGUGGGGCCGGUGGAGAGGAGAUGCAGAAGCUGUUGAAGACGGGAAAGGAGUGUCGUGCACUGUACAUUCACCUACCCCUGGGGUAUACAUUUCCCCGACUCUCUCAGCAUCAGAUGCAUUAAAAGAUCAAUGGCGGCGUACACUGAGAUCAAACACAACAAUUCUCUCACAGCUGGUAAACAUGCCGUAUUGUCAGAAAACUGCAUUUCUAUAUAGGAGUCAAGUGAAGUACAUUCUACUUAACCUAAACCACAUACCGAUGAUGACUGUCUUAACACACUAACACAUUCCCCUAUACAUUAUCUCUCCUGGGGUUUGACAUUUCAAUAUAAAAUGUGUUUUUGAGGGCAAUUUUAAGAGAAACCGCAGAGUGAAUUCGUGCAACAGUUUUUAAAUAGCUUAUCUGAAAUCCUUCCCAACACCAAAAAGGCAAAGGUAUGCACUUUCCAUAAUGAUCACAAGAUACCUUUGUAGUGAAACGAUCCGCAUUAUCAUCAGCCACAUUCUGCAUGUCUUUUCAGACACUUUAAAGCCUUCUCUGAGAGAAGGAUCGCAUUUAGUAGAAUGAGAUUUGCCAAUUAACGUGAGUUAUACGUCCGCAAUAAUCCGUCUGAGAAGGCUUUAUGUGAUCAUGUUGGCCAGGGAUGACAUUUAUAAAUGCUGUGUGUGCACACUCGUCUAAAUGGAUGCCUCACACAAGACAUCCUGCCACAGGAAUCAGUCAAAGUGUUGAGGCAAAGAACACACACACACACACACACACACACACACACACACACACACACACACACACA